AACCCAUUUUUCUCUAUACUUUUCCUUACAAAUAUAUGUAUGUUAUAUGAGAUCUCUUAUUGUAUUAAUAUUUCCUCUCUCUCUUGAUUUUCUUCCAUGUCUUGUUCUGAACUGACAAAAACAACAAGAGAGAGAAAAAACCAGACAAUCAGUUUCAGCUAAGACAUUAGUAAGUAACACACUUUAAAAGUUUAAAAGAAAAAAAAAAAAACUAUUAUUACCCUUGUUGUUCAAGUGCAAGUGUAAAACAAUGAGCUUUAAGACAUAGUUAAAACCUGUCGUAGAACUGAUGAUCUUGAUGUGUUAAAGAACAAAGUCACAUGGAAGAUUCACACUUUGGGCCUUAAAAAAGAUGGAAGCUUUAGCUAAAGAACCUGAAGGGGUUGUGGUAGUCAUCGACAUUGAUGGAGAAGAAGAACAAGCAAACCAGACAGACAACGAGGAGCAACGACAAGGGACCAACAGCAGCAGGUGUUCGUCGUCUUGUUCGAUUGAAGCAAAAUCUGGGACAAGUGAGAUCAUAAAGGAGAGGGGAUCUUCGGUGUCGGAUACUAGUUGUUCUUCUUCUUCCUUAGAAGUGGAUCUGGAAGCUGAGGUGGUGACUGAAACCAAGCUGCAUUUGGACAAUGUGGAGAGGGAUUGUCGGAUUUGUCAUCUCAGCUUGGAUCCAAGUUACCAAGAAUGUGAUUUGCCUAUUGAGUUGGGGUGUUCUUGUAAAGAUGAUUUAGCUGCUGCUCAUAAACAGUGUGCUGAAGCCUGGUUCAAAAUUAAGGGAAACAGAAUAUGUGAGAUUUGUGGAUCCACUGCUCGGAACGUUGCUUGCAUGAACGAGACCGAGAUGACAGAGCAGUGGAAUGAUUCGAAUGAUUCCAUAGCUGUGGCGGCGGCAGCGGCAGUUCCUGUCAGGACUCGUGGUGCAGACUCGAGAAACUUCUGGCAGGGUCAUCGGUUUCUAAAUUUCCUACUAGCUUGUAUGGUCUUUGCCUUUGUAAUCUCUUGGCUCUUUCACUUUAACAUACCAUCAUGAGAACCUAUAGCAUGUUGUUUAUAUUAGUCUUUAGAGCUUUAACAACUUUUGUAAUAAUUUUAUGUUGCGUUCUGUGUUGGAUUUUAAUUCAACAUAACAAAGAAUGUUAUCAAA